GGCUCGGAGGCAAAACAGCUCCCUGAGCUCUGAAUGCCUUUCCUUCCCUACUUUCCCUCCCAUCCACUCACUCUCCCUCCCUUGUUCACAGUCCAGCCUCUGUCUAGGGAAGAGGCUCUCAGGCAGCCUUAGAUGAUUAUGGAUUUUCUGAGCGAGAAGUUUGCCCUGAAGAGCCAGCCGAGCAAGAACAGUGACUUUUACAUGGGAGCAGGAGGCACUUUGGAGCACGUUAUGGAAACUUUGGACAAUGAAUCCUUUUAUAGCAAAACGUCAGGCAGCAAAUGUGUACAGGCCUUCAAUCCUCUGCAAAGGGCUGAGCAUCAUGUGAGGCUGGAGAGGACAUCACCCUGCCAGGACAACGUGAACUACGGGAUUACUAAAGUGGAAGGACAGCCUCUUCACACAGAGCUGAGCAGGCCCAUGGACAAUUGCAAUAAUCUUAGGAUGUCUCCAGUGAAAGGGAUGCAGGAGAAGGGGGACCUGGAUGAACUUGGUGAUAAGUGUGACAGCAAUGUCUCCAGCAGUAAGAAGAGAAGACACAGAACAACUUUUACCAGUUUGCAGCUGGAGGAACUGGAGAAAGUAUUCCAGAAAACUCACUAUCCUGAUGUCUAUGUAAGAGAACAGCUAGCUCUGAGAACAGAGCUCACUGAGGCCAGAGUCCAGGUUUGGUUCCAGAAUCGAAGAGCAAAAUGGAGGAAAAGAGAACGCUAUGGUCAGAUCCAGCAAGCUAAGAGCCAUUUUGCUGCCACAUAUGAUAUAUCUGUUCUUCCAAGGACUGACAGCUACCCUCAGAUUCAGAACAAUCUGUGGGCAGGGAAUGCGGCUAGCGGUUCUGUGGUUACUUCCUGCAUGCUGCCACGAGAUACGUCCUCCUGUAUGACACCUUAUUCCCAUUCACCCCGGACAGAUUCUGGCUACACAGGCUUUUCAAACCACCAGAAUCAGUUCAGCCAUGUGCCCCUCAAUAAUUUUUUCACUGACUCAUUACUUUCUGGGGCAACCAAUGGACAUGCUUUUGAAACCAAGCCAGAGUUUGAAAGGAGGUCCUCCAGCAUUGCAGUUCUACGGAUGAAAGCCAAAGAGCAUGCAGCCAAUAUUUCCUGGGCCAUGUAAUAUAGCAGUACCCUUUCUCAAUUUCUUUUUUUUAAUAGCAAACUAAAACCAUUUUUAUUUCCCAUAUUUAAAGGGAAUGAAAAUAAGCUGCUGUGUGUGGAAUACUAGAAAUCACAAUAUACACAAUGUCUGCUUAAACAAAUGCAAUAUAAUAUUUAACAAUAAAACAAGAAUAAACCAAAUAGAUUUACUGUGCAUCAAGUUCAACAAGCCUUCUUUGUUUUGGUUUUUAUAUGUAAGUAUGUUUUGUUGUACCAGUUGAUGAAAUAUGAUUAUAGAACCUGCAAAAAAGAAUAAAACUACUAAGCAAAUAUA